AUGAAGUCUUUUUCUUCUUCCUUCUGCUUCCUCUCUACAUUAAUGGCGUUUAUCUCUCUCUUCAUCCUCUCUCUAAUUCUCCUCCCAUCUGCACUCUCAACGGACGGCCGAGAAACCUUCAUCAUCCACGUGGCAAAGUCUGCCAAGCCCCAUAUUUUCUCCACCCACCACCAUUGGUACUCCUCCAUCGUCCGAUCUGUUGACACCCCUCAUCACCCUUCCAAGAUUCUUUACACCUACAACCGCGCCGUGCAGGGAUUCUCGGCUCGGCUUACCGUUGACCAAGCCGCCAAGAUCCGCCAUGUACGUGGGGUUCUCUCUGUAAUACCUGACAGGCCAAGGUAUUUACAUACUACUCGUACUCCACGCUUUCUUGGCCUAGAGGAUUCUUUUGGGCUCUGGCCCAAUUCUGAUUAUGCUGAUGAUGUGAUUGUUGGUGUGCUUGAUACUGGGAUUUGGCCGGAACGGCAGAGUUUUUCCGAUGAAGGGCUUUCGCCGGUUCCGGGAAAAUGGAAAGGUAGUUGUGUGGUUACCCCGGAUUUCCCAGCAACAGCUUGUAACAAGAAAAUUAUUGGAGCCCGAGCUUUUUAUUUAGGCUACGCAGCUUCUCGUGGUACAACGAUGGAAGAGUCUAAUGAGUCGAAGUCUCCAAGGGAUACAGAAGGCCACGGAACUCACACUGCAUCCACAGCAGCUGGAUCUAGAGUGACGAACGCUAGCCUUUUCGGGUAUGCGAAAGGGGAAGCUAGAGGAAUGGCUAUCAAGGCUAGAAUAGCUGUGUAUAAAAUUUGCUGGGCAUCUGGGUGUUACGAUUCGGAUAUUUUAGCAGCAAUGGAUCAAGCUAUUGAAGAUGGCGUUGAUGUGAUUUCGCUUUCAGUUGGUGCUGAUGGUUAUGCACCGCCUUAUGAUUAUGAUUCGAUUGCGAUUGGAGCUUUCGGUGCAGCCGAACAUGGUAUUGUCGUUUCAUGCUCUGCCGGGAAUUCCGGCCCUGAUCCGUAUACAGCGGUGAAUAUUGCUCCGUGGAUUUUGACAGUCGGUGCUUCCACUCUUGACCGGGAGUUUCCGGCUGACGUGAUUCUCGGUGAUGGGAGGAUUUAUAGUGGCGUUUCUUUGUACUCUGGCGAGGAGCUAAGCGAUGAGUUGCUGCCCUUGGUUUAUGCUGCGGAUUGUGGGAGUAAAUAUUGCUAUUCAGGUAGCCUCGAUUCUGCAAAAGUCGCCGGAAAAAUCGUGAUAUGCGAUCGAGGAGGCAACGCUAGAGUUGAGAAAGGAAACGCUGUCCACGUCGCUGGUGGUGCUGGAAUGAUAAUGGCCAAUUUAGCUGAUUCUGGUGAAGAACUUCUGGCUGACUCGCAUUUCAUCCCGGCGACUAUGGUGGGACAAAUCGCGGGUGACAAAAUCCGAGCUUAUGCACGCUCUGAUCCAUUGCCAACUGCCACUAUUAAGUUCAGGGGGACUGUUAUCAGCCGCUCACCGGCUGCACCUCGUGUUGCUUCAUUCUCGAGCCGUGGCCCUAAUUACCGGACGGCGGAGAUCCUGAAACCUGAUGUAAUUGCACCGGGAGUGAACAUUCUUGCUGGAUGGACGGGGUACAUUGGCCCGACAGAUUUGGAGACGGACAAAAGGAAAGUUGACUUCAAUAUCAUUUCCGGCACCUCAAUGUCGUGUCCUCACGUCAGUGGCUUAGCCGCCCUGCUGCGGAAGGCCCAUCCCAAGUGGUCGCCGGCUGCAAUCAAAUCUGCUUUAAUGACGACAGCUUACAACUUGGAUAACUGCGGGAGCAAUAUUACCGACCUUGCAACUGGAAAAGAGUCGACCCCAUUUGUUCAUGGUUCGGGACACGUGGAUCCUAACCGAGCAUUGGAUCCCGGGUUGGUUUAUGACUUGGGUUUGAGUGAUUAUCUUGGAUUCUUGUGCUCUAUUGGGUAUGAUUCAAGAAGGAUUUCUGUUUUCACAACUGCUUCGGUGGAUUGUGAUGCAAAUAGUUUGGGAGCUCCUGGAAACCUGAAUUACCCUUCAUUUUCAGUGGUUUUCCAUGGUGAAAACAGUGUGGUUAAGUACAAGAGAGUGGUUAAGAAUGUAGGGAAAAAGUCGAAUCCUGUGUACGAGGUGAAGGUGAAUGCCCCACCGAAUGUGGAGGUGAGCGUUUCGCCUAGUAAGUUGGUGUUCAGCGAGGAGACCGAUUCACUAGCGUAUGAGGUUACAUUUAUGAGUGGUGUUGGAGUGGAGGAAGUUGGCAGCUGUCCAAAGGCAUCAUUUGGAUCAAUUGAGUGGACCGAUGGCGUCCACCUUGUCAGGAGCCCGAUUGCAGCAUCAUGGAAUCUGAGUUCCACAGCAUCGAUGUGA